AACAGCCCCUGGAUGAGCGCCACGUGGACGCCACCUCACUCCUCGCGAGGGCAGCGAGGGCGUCCCUCUCAGUCUCCUUUGCUUCUUCUCUCCCUCGUUUUCACACUGCCCAGUUUGUAGCAAAGCGAAUAAGAAACUUUGAUCUUUUAUCCUAGGUCUCGCCCGCUUCGUCCCAACCCUAAGGCCUCUCCAAUUCUCUAAGCGAUUCCAAUCCGCGAGACAGCGCCGGGCGGGGCGGAGGAGGCGCGCGCGCGAUGACAGCAAUGGCGAUGGCUGUGGAGGAGGAGCAAGGAGGUGUGCUCGUUGCCGCCGGCGCUAAUCCGAAUGCCACCGACGCGGCGGAGGCAAUGGAAGUUGUUAGCCAAGCCGAGACCGUUCCAGUAUCUGGAGAGAGCCGAGCAGCCGAGGAUCCACUGUGUGGAAAAUUCACUUGGCCGAUCGAGAAUUUCUCCAAGAUCACCAUAAAAAAAUACUACUCGGAUCCUUUCGUCAUCGGUGGAUACAAAUGGAGGAUACUGGUGUUUACCCAAGGCAACAAUGUGGAUUGCCUUUCCAUGUACUUGGAUGUGGCAGAUUCGGCAAGCCUUUCUUACGGCUGGAGCCGAUUUGCACAGUUCAACUUGGCGGUUAUCAACCAGUUUGAUCCCAAGCUGAGCAUCAGAAAAGAUACUCAGCACCAUUUUAACGCCAAGGAGAGUGACUGGGGGUUUACUUCUUUCAUGCCUCUACAUGAUCUGUAUGAUCCCGGUAGAGGAUACCUUGUCAAUGAUACACUUAUACUGGAGGCCGAUGUUAACGUGCGGAAGAUGGUAGACAGUUUCUCUUACGACUCAAAGAAAGAGACGGGAUUUGUAGGUCUGAAAAACCAAGGAGCUACUUGUUACAUGAAUUCUCUUUUACAGACACUGUAUCACCUGCCAUUUUUCCGAAAGGCAGUAUACCAUAUGCCAACAACGGAACAUGAUGUUCCAUCCAGUAGUAUACCACUGGCACUUCAAAGUUUGUUCUAUAAGAUCCAGUAUAGCGACACGAGUGUUGCAACUAAAGAUUUGACUAGAUCGUUUGGUUGGGAUACGUACGAUUCGUUUAUGCAGCAUGAUGUGCAAGAAUUGAACCGUGUUUUGUGCGAGAAGCUGGAGGAUAAGAUGAAGAGUACUGCUGUUGAAGGUACCAUACAGCAGCUUUUCGAAGGCCAUCAUAUGAAUUAUAUUGAAUGCAUCAAUGUGGACUAUAAGUCCACUCGAAAGGAAUCUUUUUAUGAUUUGCAGCUUGAUGUAAAAGGCUGCAAGGAUGUUUAUGCGUCGUUUGAUAAAUACGUCGAGGUAGAGAAGCUCGAAGGGGAUAACAAGUAUCAUGCUGAACAGCAUGGCCUUCAGGAUGCACGCAAGGGCGUGCUCUUUGUGGAUUUUCCCCCUGUUCUCCAGCUUCAACUCAAGCGGUUUGAAUAUGAUUUUGUGCGAGACACAAUGGUUAAGAUAAACGAUCGCUACGAGUUUCCUCUGCAAUUGGAUUUAGAUAGGGAGAACGGCAAAUAUUUAUCGCCGGAUGCCGAUAGAGGCGUGAGGAAUUUGUACUCUUUGCAUAGCGUCUUGGUGCAUAGUGGAGGUGUACACGGAGGGCACUACUACGCAUUUAUCAGACCAACUUUAUCUGAUCAGUGGUAUAAGUUUGACGAUGAACGCGUGACAAAAGAAGAAACCAAACGAGUUCUCGAGGAGCAAUAUGGUGGAGAGGAGGAACUUCCACAGGCGAAUCCUGGUUUCAACAACACUGCGUUCAAAUUUACGAAGUACUCAAACGCUUAUAUGCUUGUUUACGUCCGAGAGUGCGAUAAAGAUCGGAUAAUUUGCAAUGUGGACGAAAUAGAUAUUGCAGAGCAUUUACGGGUGAGGCUAAAACGGGAGUACGAUGACAAAGAGAAAAAACGGAAAGAGAAGUCUGAAGCUCAUUUGUACACUGUCAUAAAGGUAACAAGAGAAGACGAUAUUUCUGAACAAAUAGGAAGGGACAUUUUCUUUGAUCUCGUUGAUCAUGAUAGAAUUCACAGUUUUCGAGUUCUGAAGCAGCUGCCAUUCGCAAAAUUCAAGGAGGAAGUUUCCAAGGAGUUCAACGUUCCCGUAAAUUGCCAAAGGUUUUGGCUAUGGGCUAAGCGUCAAAACCAUACUUACCGUCCGAGCAGACCAUUGAAUGAGCAAGAGGAAUCACAGAUGGUUGGGAACAUCAAAGAGACAGCAACAAACAAGACAUACAAUGGGGAACUGAGGCUGUUUUUGGAGGUUCAAAAGGCUCAAGACAUGUACAUUCCAUUAUCUCCAUCCGAGAAAACGAAGGAUGAUAUCUUGCUUUUCCUGAAACUGUAUAUUCCGGAUAAGGAAGAUUUAAGAUAUGCGGGAAAGUUAAUGGUGAAGGCCAAUGGAAAAGCUGCGGACAUCGUAGAAAAGCUGAAUGAGAUCGCGGGUUAUCCAUCUGGUGAAGAAAUUCUGCUGUUUGAGGAAAUUAAAUUUGACCCGAAUGUGAUGUGCGAACCAAUUGACAAGAAACUUACGUUUCGAGACAGUCAGUUGGAAGAUGGUGACAUCAUAUGCUUCCAGAAGGCAGUAAGCAAAGAGGACUCGCAGCAAUUGUCGCUUCCAAACGUUGCUAUGUUUCUGGAGCAUGUCCGCAGCCGUCAGGUUCAAAGAACUUCACAAGCGCUAGCCGUGUCCAGAGCUCCUGGAGCCCGUGCCUUGUGCUGGCGAAGUCCACAAGUCCAAUGAAACAACGCUGUUCACUCUUCUAUAGGAGAAACAACACACACACACACACACACGCUACUUAUGCGAUACCAGCGGAGAAUUCGAUCGAUCGAGCGAGAGUUUGUAAGGUUUGUGCGGACUAGGAGGAGAGAGAGCGAGAGAUUUGCGACGGGAAAAAAAAGGAAGGUUUGUUGUUUGUAGGAGGCGCGACGACGAUGUGAAGCUUGUGUAAGUUAUAUAGCUAACAUCAUCGACAACAGAUUUAAUACACACAGGAAAGAUUUAUUCCA